GUUUAGGCGGUUUACUCAGUUUAGUAUGAAUUACUACGGAUAACGGAUUUCGGGAUUCUGAACUACUGAACGGAGAGUUGUUGGAUUGACGUAAAGUAGAUCGUUGUAUCUUGUACUUCGUGUUCACUGUGUUCAGUUAUGUCUGUCGUUUGAUGUCUAAGUGUUAUUGUAUUUUUUUUUAACGUUUCUCUAGUGAUUUUUUUAGGUAUUUUUUUUUUGAUUACCCUUACAUUUUAAAGCCACUGAAUGAAAUCUGCCGGUGUGAAAUAAUAACGCCGAAAUAUUAUGGAUAGUUGCAACAUUAAAGUGGCCAUCAAGGCCCGUCCAUUAAACCAUAAAGAACAGUUGGACGAUCGCGUUUAUUGGAAAAUAGAAUCGGACAGUGUUAUUCACAUUGAUCCAAUAACUAAAAAGAAGAACGGAGAACAAUUUUUUUUCGAUAGAGUUUUUUGUGAUAAAUCAACAAAUUAUGACGUGUUUGAUGAUAUCGUCAGACCAAUUAUUGACAGAGGAGUGCAAGGGUUUAAUGGUACAGUAUUUGCCUAUGGUCAAACUGGUUCUGGUAAAACAUUCACUAUGUCUGGAGAUCAGUCAAACCCUGGAAUUAUUCCAUUAGCUAUUAACUACAUGUUCAAUGUUAUGAAUAAUUCUUCUAGUAGAGAAUAUUUAUUAAGAGCUUGUUACUUAGAAAUUUACAAUGAAAAAGUUAUAGAUUUACUGGAAAAAAAAAAUAACAAAAAUCAAACAAAAAAAAUUSAAAUUCAAAAAGAUGGAUUACAUAUUACACCAUUAAAGGCUAUAGUUUGUCAAAAUUCACAAAUGGUUAUCGAUCUUAUGAAAAUAGGUGAGAAAAACAGGAGUAUUGGAGAAACAGAUAUGAAUGAAAGAUCAUCAAGAUCCCAUACAAUAUUUCGCAUUAUUCUAGAAAGUCGUAAUGUAGAUGAUGAUUGUGAUGGGGCUUACCAACAAUCAGUGAUUAAUUUAGUUGAUUUGGCUGGUUCAGAGCGAAGUAGUCAAACUCAGUCAUCUAUGGAACGGUUUAAAGAAGGUUGCAAGAUUAAUAGUUCUCUAACAACUCUAAGUCUUGUUAUCCAACAACUCAGUGAAUGUCCAGAUAGCUCACAGCAUGUCAAUUUCCGGGAUAGUAAACUUACGAGAAUAUUACAAACAUCUCUUGGAGGAAACUCUUUAACUGCAAUUAUUUGUACUGUAACUUUAGCAGUUGAAGAUCAGACAUCUAACACAUUGAGUUUUGCCUCUCGUGCCAAAAAAAUUAAAAAUUCUGCYAAAGUAAAUGAAAAUGUCACAGACGAAACACUUCUAAAACGUUAUAGAGUUCAACUUUCUAAAUUGAACAAAGAAUUGGAGGGUCUAAAACAAAAUCAGCCUGAAAAUGAUGAAGUUAAUGAAAUUAAAUAUAAGUAUCAGGAAGAAAAACGAACUAAUGAAGAGUUAAAAGAACGUAUAAUGCGUUUGCAAAACAAUAUGAUAACUUCUGUUGCUCACUCAGAUCAACCCUCAAAUAAAAAAGGGUAUCAGCGAAGAAGAACUUGGGGUGGAAAACUUGAUAAUACAUUUUCUUCAAAUAGCAUUCUUGAAACUAUUGAAGAAGAUGUCAAUAUGCAUCGACCAAGUGUACCACCUAACUUUGGAAAUCUAAAUAAAGAUUUUAAAACACCAUUAGAACCAUUUGAAUGGGAUUUAAUAAGAGAAGAAGAUCGCUCUGCUGUUACUGAAUCCAUAAACAACGAAAAUUCUGAACAUCAUUUUUCACCACCAUCCAACAUCCCAUUCACUGUUUGUGAAACUCCUAAAAAAGUUUUAAGAGAACGGGUAAAUAAUUACAAAAAUAUGUUUGAAAUGAGUAUGAAAGAAAACAACGAGCUAAGAGAAUUCACAACUCUUGAAAAACAAAUGUUUUAUAAUAAUAAUGAACAAUUAAAAGAUUUAAAUAAUUUAAGAAAGCAAGUUGAGGAUCUUCAAAUUGAAAAAAAUGAAUCUGAAAAAAUGAUUGAAAAACUUAAAAAUUCAAUUGAAGUAGUUAAACAUGAAAAACGUGAUAUUGAAGUUAUUAUGGAGGUACAAAAGAAUAAAUAUGAUAAACGAGAAAUGGAACUUCUGGCAACAAUUCAGGAAACUAGAGAAGAGUUACAACUCAAGGAAGAUCAAAUAAAAAAAACCAUAUUAAGUGAUGAUUUUAUGGCAGAAAAGCAAGAAGAGAUUAAGAGACUUGAAAUAAAAAUUAAAGAAUUGUAUCAUUUAAAUAAUACUUAUAUCAAUGAAAUAGAUACUUUGAAAUUACAAUUAUUAAAUAAAGACCAACAACUUWAUGCAKAAUCAACUAAACAAUGUUCACUUUUGAAUGAGUUAUCUCUUUUGAAAAAUAAUACUGCUGAAGCUAUUUCAGUUCCACAUGCUAUUAAAUUUUUAGCUGAUGAAGGGUAUUUUACUCUUAGUAAAUGUGAAAUAUUGGAACUGGAUGAAUUAUUGGAACAUAUUUAUAAUACCAUUGAAAAACUGCAACAAGAAAACAAAAGUUUAAUAGAUGAAAACAAUAAUUUGAAGUUACUAACAAAUGAAUUUAAUAUUAAAAUGAAAAAUUUAACAGAAGAAAAUCAUGAAUUGAGAUUAAAACUUAACUCAAUUGAUGAAUAUAUUAUGUCUACCAUCAAAGAAUUCAGUGGAAGUUCUGAGAUAAAUGUAGAUAAUUUUGAUACAAAGAGUUUGAUUGAUUUUGCAGUUAAACAUUUUGAAGAAAACACAAACAAAAUUAACAMACUGUCAAAUGAAAAUUUAUCUUUAAAAGAAAAACUAUCUUUAUCAAAUACAAAACUUGGUGAAAUAAAAUCUUUUGUAUUUAAUGAUCUUGAUUGUAUUCUACAAAGUAUUUCUAUUAUGGAAAUUGAAUCAAAUACAGAAAUGGAAAGAUUCAUGAAGCAGCUUUCUGAAACUAUGGAUGAAAAUUUAUUUUUAAAAUCUAGUAUCCAAGCAUUUAAUAAAUUAACAUUUGAAUGUGUUGAUAUUAUUGAACAAGUUAAGACUAAUCAUUCAAAGAUUAAUUAUCUUCAAGAAGAACUUACAGUCUGUAAUGUUGUUAAAAAUGAAUUACAAGAACAAAUUGAAAAAUUAAAUAGAUUGAAUUUGAGUCUUAAUAUGUUAAUUGAAAACCAAACUAAAGUUGAAAAUGAAAAUAAAGAAAAUCUGGUUGCUAAAUCUAUCAAUUUAAAUGAUGCUUAUAGUGAAAUAGAUGAAAUGAAAAUGAUAAUAAAAGACAAUGAAAUCAAAACUGAAUCAAAUUUUAUCGUUUUAAAUAAAUUAAGAACUGAACUUGAAACUGUUAAUUCAGAUCUUGAAGAAAAAUCCAAUAUGGUACUUGAGCUAGAAGAGACUAAAUUAGAGUUAUUAUCUAAGUAUAGCGAACUAGAGAAAUGUAAGUCAAAUAUUAAUGAAAUUGAUGUAAAAGAAUUUGAAAAAAAAUUACAAGAUGAAUUAGUUACUAAAACAAAUGGUCUGCAAAACGCGCUAGAAGAAGUAAAAGAAAUUAAUAGAAAGCUUGAACUUAAUGAUUCUGAAAUAGAUAAAUUAAGAACUUCAUUAAAUUUAGUGGUGUCUGAACUUGGUGAAAAAUUAAAACUUAUUGAAUUUGAAAACUCUAAAUUUGAACCUGCUGUCAAAUCAAAGAAUGAAAACAAAAUUCAUGAUGAAYUACUAUUAAAAACCAAUGAAUUAGAAAAUGCAAUUUCACAAGUUAAUGUUUUACAAUUAACAAUUGAAGACAUGAAAAUAAAAACUAAUUCUAAUUCUAGUGUUAUUGAAAAAUUAAAUAAUGAACUCAGUGAUAUUAAAUUUGAAUUAGUUGAAAAAUCUAAACUUGUGGAUGAAUUAAAAAUUACUAAAUCUGAAGAGAAAAUGUGUAACAAUUUAGAAACAAUUUCUGAACUUAACAGGACUAUUAAAAAACUUGAAUCUGCAUUGGAGGAAAAAUUAAAUAAUGAAAAAGCGUUAAAUAAUGAAUUACAGUUAGUUACGGUAGAGUUAGAUGGUGCUAUUUUAAUGGUUGAUGAAGUAAAAUCAGUUAUAAAUAAUUUGCAUAUAAAUCAUGAAUCAUAUAUUUCCAUUGUGGAACAACUGAGCUCUGAACUUAAAUGUAUUAAAUCUGCACUUGAUGAAAAAACUGAAAUUAUUUUAAAAUUAGAAAACACAAAUUUAGAACUUACAAUAAAAUGGAAGAACUCGGAUGAUCAAAUACAUAAAACCAUUACUGAACUUAGAGUGAGUUUGGAAGAUAAAAUUAGAGUUGAAAAUGAAAUAAGAGGUGAACUUAAAUCUAAAACUAUUGAAUUAGAACAUGCAAUGUCCCAGGAAAAUAACUAUCAAAUAAAACUAGAAAGUAUGGAGAAUGAAUUAAAAUUAAAUGCUGUUAUAAUAGACCAACUUACAUCUGAUUUAAACAUGAAAUCAAAUUUAAUUUCCAAAUUAGAAAAUGUAAAUUCUGAAUUAAUUAUAAAAUGUGAUAAAAUUAAUGAAACCAUGUUAAACAACAUGAAAGAUAAUGAACAAACUUAUAGAGAUAUUAAAUGGCAGUUACAACAAGUUCUCCAAGAAAAAUCUUUGAUUCAAUCUGAUUUGAAUCUGAUUAACCAAAAGUUUAUGGAAUUGUCAAAACAUCAUGAUGAGUCGAAAAAUAUUUUAGAAAAUCAAGUACAAUUACAAAUAUUGAAUUACAAUAGUUUAUAUUCAGAAUUUGUAAAUUUGUCUUGCGAUAUUGAAUCAUUAUUAAAACGUCAAUCUAUUGAAGAAUCUAAUUUGAGAGAAGAGAUUUUAAUAAAAUCCACAGAGCUUGAACACUUACAAAAACAAGUACUUGAAUCCAGUUUACAAUAUGAAUAUGAUAGAUUAGAAGAAGAAUACAUGUUGAGAUCUCGUGAAUGUGAUGAAGCUCGAGAAAAAAUAAUGCAUUUUGAAUCAAUAUUGUCAAAAAAUGAAGAAUCUGAAAAAAUUCUUAGAAAUAAUUUAGAAUCCAAAUGUAUUGCACUGGAAGAAUAUAAGAAAAACGUUGAAUUUUUGUUUUCAAGAAAUGAUUCAUUUCAAAUCAGGGUUAAUGAUUUUGAAGAUAAUGUUUUAGUGGAUUUAAAUGACGAAUUUGAUUUAAUGAAAUCGGAACUGUCUAAAAAAACAGAGUCUGAAAAAAUUCUAAUUGAGGAAAAAGCAAAUCUUGAAUCUAACUUGAACAGACUUCAAGAAAAACUCUCCAACGUCACUAAAGAAAUGGAACUUAGUGAAGAACGAUGUGAAGAUUUGGCUUCUAUUAUUAAUGUUUUAGUAAUUGAAAUAAAAGAUGCAAAUUCUGUUAAACAAAAUUUAGAAACUUGUUUGAAUGAAGCUGAAUAUGAUUUAAUAAAAAGUGAAGAUUUCUGUGAAAACCUUAAAUUUGAAUUAUAUAGUGUUCAAAGAGAAUUAGAAAAUGCAUGCAUCAAUGCUGAAUGUGUAGAAAAAGAAUUACAAAAUCUUAAAUCUAAAGUUGACGAUAAAAUUGAUAAAAAUAACUUGAGUGGUCGUGAUGUGAGAAAUCAGCUAAUCGAUCCACUUGUAGAUUAUGUACAUGAUAUUAAAUUGAAACUCACUGAGCUCAAUUCUGCAAUUAUUUCAGGAAACCAAAGUGAAAAACGGUUUAGAACAAAAGUUAUGUCUGUCGAGGAUGAUAAUUUACCACAUGAAGAGUCAUUAAAGAUAAACUGUGACUUGCAACCUAAUUCUCCUGAUAUUGACAUUGGCUUAGAAAUUGAUAAUUUACAUAAGAUAUUAAAUGAAAAAAAUGAUUUAAUCAAAAAUCUUCAAACAACUAACAAUGAUAUGGAAAAAAAUAUUGCUCAACUUCAAUGCCAAAUGGAAACACAAUCUAAUGAAAUUAAUAAAUAUGUAAAUGAUAUGAUUUUGGUGGAAAGUGAUCUAAAAGAAAAAACUUUGUUGAUUAAAAAUUUAAAUGAUGAAUUGAGUCAAGUUAAACUAUUAAAUGCUGAACAAAAAGAACAAAUUAAUGAACCACAAAACCAAAUUAUUAAACUAUCUGAUGAAAAUGAAAAAUUGAAUAAUGAUAUAACUUUAAUGGAAAACAAUCUAAAAGAAAAAACAUCAUUGGUAAGCAAUUUAGUAAAUGAAUUGAAUGAACUUAAAAUACAAUACAACAAACUUGAAGAAYAUAACCAAGCUAAUAAAGAACAAAUUUAUUAUAGCUAUGAUAUUGAUUCAGAGUUGAGAAAUGGUAAAAGAAAUAUUAUAAAUGAAAUUAAUCUUCUUGAACCUGGAAAAAUUACAGGUGUUCUCACUGACCAUAAUUUAUCUAAUUUAUUGGAUAUUUUUGUCAAUCUUAUAAUGACAAAAGAACAACAAAUUGUAACUGACUUAGUUAAUGACCACAAAAAGAUUAAACAGCUUUAUGAAGAUCAAAUCAAACAGUUCCAAGAAGACAUAAAAAAAGGAAAAGAAUGGCAAGAACAAGUUGAAAAUGAAAAUGAAAAACUUGGCCUUGAGCUUGAAAAUCUGAAAUCUCAACAACACAACUUCCCUAAUAGAGAAUUAAAAAUAAAAGAACUGACAGAAAAAGUUUUGGAUGCUGAGAAUUUAUCUUUUAAUUAUCUAAAUGAGUUGGAGGAAUUAAAGACUCAAUUGACUAAAACAAAUGAACACAAUUAUCAGUCAUUGUCAAAUGAAUUUGAAGCAUUUAAGACUAGUUCAGAGCUGUCAUUACAAGAUUUGAAAAAUAAACUUGAAAAUCUAACCAAACAAUACAAUGAAUCAUUAAUUAUGUACAAAGAUGAAAAAGAUUGUCGUUUUAGUCUGGAAGAUAAAGUAGAAAAAAUUCAAUCAGAAUGUGCUUGUCUAAAAUCUGUUAUUGACAAAAAAGAUGAAGACAUCAAAAACUUACUUGAUGGAUUUCAAUUGAAGACAAAAGAGUAUGAAUCAUUGAUUGAAAAAUAUAGUUUACAAAAAGAAGAAACAAAAAUUCAUCAUGAAAAGAUAAUUAAUGAACUUGAAUUGGAUUUAAGUAAUAUAAAACAUCAGAUGUAUUGUACAGAAAAGUUGCUAAAAGAAACAAAAAAAAAUAACGAACAACUGCUCGAAGAGAAUUCAUUAAAUUUAUCAAAAAUUAAACAUUUGCAAGAAAAUUAUAAUUCUGCUGUACGAUUAGCAGAAUUAGAGGGUGGUAGUCAAAUAAGUAAAAUUCACAAUACACAGUUAGAAAAUCUUCAAAAAGAGUUAGAAGUCAAAAAUUUAGAACUUGAAAGCCUAGAAUCAGAUUUAAGGGCAAAAACUACAAAACUCGAGGAAACUGAAAUACAAUGUUCAAAACUAGUCCAUGAUCUCAAAACUUAUAAAUUAAAAAAUAAUGACUUUGAGAAACAAAUAGAAAGUUAUUCAAAGACUUCAAAGAUUAAAGAUGAAAAAAUUGAAAAUUAUCAAUUUAAAUUGAAAAUGAAUGAAAAUAGCUUAAUAGAAGUAAAUAAUGUAACUGAAAAACUAAGAAAAAUACUCAAGUGCGAUGGUACAUUAUCGACACUCUACGAUAAUGUUUGUUUAUUGAUUAACCAAUGUGAAGACWUGGAAGAAGAAAGAAACGAAUUGAAACAGUCUAAUGCCGACCUAGACAAUGAGUGUGAGUCUAUGUUAGAAGAAGUUAAGAAUAAGGAUGAUAAGAUUGCAGAACUUUUGACUCAAUUGGAUGAACUGAAGCAAAACAUUGUAUUAUUAACAGAAGAAAGAGAUUUUUUAAAAAGCAAAAAUGAACAAUUUAAAAGCUUCAAUGAUGAUAUCAAAAAAUUAAAUGAAGAAAUUUUUGGUUAUGAACAAAAUAUAUACGAAUUAAGAAAAGACAAAGGUCAGCUUAUUGUACAACAUGAAAAAGAAUUGAAGCAAUUGAAAAAUGAAUUGAGUCAAGUUCAAGCUAAAAACUUGGAACUAUCAAACGAAUACAGUCAAUUAUCAGAGACUGCUAAAAUGUUAGAAAAAUCAUUAAAAGAAGAUAUCCAACAAUUGAAUCGAUGUAUUGUGGAUAAGAAUGCCAAAAUAUCCACAUUAGAACUUUUUUCCAAAACGAACACUGAUGAUCUCAAAAAGAAGAAUCAUGAAUUGGAAAAUAUCUUUAGAAGGGCAAGAGAUGAGAAUAAUAUGUUGCGUAGAGAAUUACGUCGUUUGAAAGAAAUUACAAAUGUGACUAGAGUAGAUCAAUGCACUCAAACUGUUGAAGAACAGAGCUUAGUGAGUAGUGCAAUUGUGGCUGACCACAAAAGCAUGAUUGAAAAAAUUGCUAAAUUUGAAAAGGAUAGUAAAAUGAUGAAAAUGAUGUUACAUCACCGAAAAGCUAAAAUUGAAGAACUUGAAAAGCAACUAAAUGAAAGAAAUUGUUAAAACUGGUUUAAAAUCUGUAUAGCUUCAACUUUACAGUUAAAUACUUAUAUUUAUAUUUUUUAUGUAUUUUUUGUUUAUAAGAUUAAAAUUAUUCAAUUUGCAUUUGUA